GUGGUUAAGACGGAGCAAAAGCGCAUGAGGGCUAGCAUUGUGCUGACUCUAAUGCUUGGACUGCUCAUCAACCAAUGCUCAUCACAUGGCUUUGGAGAGUGCUAUGAUUGGUGCUGUCACAUUUGUGACCAUUGGCACCACCACUGGCACAAGAUUUGUCAUGUUCAGUGCUUCUUCUACUGUAAGUUGCACUCACACCAUUACUCACACCCUGAUCACCCUCCAAAGGAAGUUGGCGAUGAGUGCAGCUUAAUGAGUGCAAAAUCAGCAUGUGGGCAUCUCAAUUCCGAGGUCGAAGGGGAGAAGAUGAGAGGUUGCAUGGAUAACUUCAUGAGCAGCUGUGCCAAGAUGAAGAAGUCUCCUUGAGUACAACCUGUUCAAGAUGCCGAUUUCGUGAACAAUUCGGGACUGGAUACAUGAAUUUCCUCUGAAUGCGGAGUAAUAAUAAUUGCAGUAGUAGCUGCCAUCAAAUAAAAUUUUCUCAGUCCUGCUAUGA